GGGGGCUCGGGCGGACGCGGCGCAGGCCGCAGCGCUGGCCCUGAGCCGGGAGGGGGACGCCUUUUCCUCGCUCGCUCGCGCCCGCCCUCCCUCUCGCCGCCGCGGCUUUUGAGGAACUGGGCCGCGAGGCCGCCGCGCAGGUCGCAGGGCCCGCAUCCCGGAGGACGCCCGGGCUGGGCGGUCUCGAGGCGCCGGCGCUUUCUGGGCCAGCGAGCUUCGCACACGGUGGUGAAGACGCUCCGGCGGCCGGCGGCCCUCUGGAAAUUCACGCCAGGAGCCUUCGCGGGGGGCUUUGACCAAAGUUGUCGGUUUCAUUAUUUCCUUUAAAAAAAAAAAAAACAAACCAAAAAAAACCCCGAGCUGCUGUUAGUUCCUCGCCUGCACUUUUUCCCUCCUCUGGAGAGGAGGGGUAGUGUGAGGAAAGGAGUGAAGAAAAUACGAGGCAUUUCCUCCCCGGGGGGAGCGACAGCCGAGUCUCCGCAGCCAGCAGGAGCGGCGUUGGCAGCCGCCGCGGGCGUCGGGCCGCCCCGGUCCCACCAUGCAUGAGCCGGCCGAGAGCUGCUGAGGCGCCGGGCCGCAGAAGCGGAGUUCGAGUGCAGCGGGCUCCGGCGCUCGCGGACCAGUCCUGUCCCCGCGGCGGCGGGAUGGAGCCGGCGACCGCGCCCCGGCCGGACAUGGCGCCGGAGCUGACCCCCGAGGAGGAGCAGGCUACUAAGCAGUUUCUUGAGGAGAUCAACAAGUGGACAGUUCAGUACAAUGUUUCUCCACUCUCUUGGAACGUGGCUGUCAAGUUCCUCAUGGCCAGAAAGUUCGAUGUGCUCCGUGCCAUAGAGCUGUUUCACUCCUACAGAGAAACAAGAAGAAAGGAAGGCAUCGUGAAGCUGAAACCUCACGAGGAACCUCUUCGUUCUGAGAUCCUCAGUGGGAAAUUCACCAUCUUGAAUGUUCGAGACCCAACUGGAGCCUCCAUUGCCCUUUUCACUGCCAGGUUACAUCAUCCUCACAAGUCCGUCCAACAUGUGGUACUUCAGGCCUUGUUUUAUUUGCUAGACAGAGCUGUGGACAGCUUUGAAACUCAAAGGAAUGGAUUGGUGUUUAUCUAUGACAUGUGUGGUUCUAAUUAUGCCAACUUCGAGCUAGAUCUUGGCAAGAAAGUCCUAAACCUGCUGAAGGGAGCAUUUCCAGCUCGUUUGAAGAAGGUGCUGAUUGUAGGAGCACCCAUAUGGUUCCGAGUGCCCUAUUCUAUCAUCAGCCUGCUCUUGAAGGACAAAGUCCGGGAGAGGAUUCAGAUAUUAAAGACAUCUGAAGUUACCCAGCACCUGCCUAGGGAGUGCCUUCCAGAAAAUCUGGGUGGGUACGUCAAAAUUGACCUCGCCACUUGGAAUUUCCAGUUCCUGCCCCAAGUGAACGGCCACCCAGAUCCCUUCGAUGAGAUCAUCCUGUUUUCCCUACCUCCUGCCUUAGACUGGGACUCAGUACAUGUUCCAGGUCCCCAUGCCAUGACCAUCCAAGAGUUGGUAGACUAUGUUAAUACCAGGCAAAAGCGGGGCAUAUAUGAGGAGUAUGAAGACAUCCGCCGUGAGAACCCUGUUGGCACUUUCCACUGUUCCAUGUCUCCAGGAAACCUAGAGAAGAACCGCUAUGGAGAUGUCCCCUGCCUGGACCAAACACGAGUGAAGCUGACAAAGCGCAGUGGCCACACUCAGACAGAUUACAUCAAUGCCAGUUUCAUGGAUGGCUACAAGCAGAAGAAUGCUUAUAUUGGUACACAAGGCCCUUUGGAGAAUACCUAUCGUGACUUCUGGCUCAUGGUUUGGGAGCAAAAAGUUUUGGUGAUUGUAAUGACUACCCGCUUUGAGGAAGGCGGCAGGAGAAAAUGUGGCCAAUAUUGGCCUUUAGAGAAAGACUCUCGGAUCCGAUUUGGCUUCCUCACGGUGACUAAUCUAGGAGUGGAGAACAUGAACCAUUAUAAGAAAACGACUCUAGAAAUUCACAACACAGAGGAGCGGCAGAAACGCCAGGUGACCCACUUCCAGUUCCUGAGCUGGCCAGAUUAUGGUGUCCCUUCCUCCGCAGCUUCUCUCAUUGACUUUCUGAGAGUGGUCAGAAAGCAGCAGAGCCUGGCUGUCGGCAGCCUGGGGGCACGGUCCAAAGGGCAGUGCCCUGAGCCACCCAUCGUGGUACACUGCAGUGCAGGCAUCGGCAGGACAGGUACCUUCUGCUCACUGGACAUCUGCCUGGCACAGCUGGAGGAGCUUGGCACCCUUAAUGUGUUCCAGACAGUGUCACGCAUGAGGACCCAGAGGGCCUUCAGUAUCCAGACCCCUGAGCAGUACUACUUUUGCUACAAGGCCAUUCUGGAGUUUGCAGAGAAGGAAGGCAUGGUUCCCUCGGGUCACAGCCUGUUGGCCAUGGAGGGUCAAUAACUGUUCCACGAGUUUCCACCUGCUGGCCAGCCUUCCUUAAACUACCCUGGACACCGCUGAGCCUCUAGGUUGCCAUCAGUUAUGCUGAAGCCAUGGAUCAACCUCUUUCUCGUGUCUCCCAGCGCACAUGUGCACGCAAGGCAGCCUUUCCCUUUGGCUAGAUCAUGUGGUGCAAUUGCCACUAGAAAGGGCCAGCAGCAAUGUGUUCUUAAUUCACCUGCUAUUGAACUGUGCCUUAUUAAAACCAAAUUGUGGCUGUU